GUGGAAAAAAUCCAUCAGGUCGUUAUCCGUUCUGACAAGCAUACAGCCAUGUCUCCAAUCGCCGUCUCGGACCAGCCAACAUACAGCAUCGCCUGCAUCGGAGCUGAUGGCAUUGGCCCCGAAGUUGUCGAUGCAGGCGUUCAAGUCUUGCAGACCCUCAGCGAUGCGAACGGAUCCUUCAAGCUUCACUUUGAGCACUACGACUGGUCAUCCGAGACGUACAAGAAGACUGGCAAAUACAUUCCCGAUGGAGGUUUGGAGUCUUUGAAGAAGCACGAUGCUAUCCUGUUUGGAGCCGUUGGUGCGCCGGACGUACCGGAUCACAUCUCACUCUGGGGUCUCCGCUUAGCCAUCUGCCAGCCAUUCCAGCAAUACGCCAACGUUAGGCCGACACGGAUCUUCAAGGGAACACAAUCGCCACUUCGAAACGCAUCAACAGGAGAUCUCGACUGGGUCAUCAUCCGCGAGAACAGCGAAGGAGAGUAUGCUGGACAGGGUGGUCGGUCACAUCGUGGCCUGCCGUGGGAGACCAGCACAGAGGUCGCCAUCUUCACUCGGCAUUGCGUGGAGAGACUCAUCCGAUUCGCCUUUGAGACCGCACAGAAGCGACCGAGGAAGCUCUUGACUGUCGUGUCGAAGUCGAAUGCCCAACGAUUCGGAAUGGUGAUGUGGGAUGAGAUCGCCACUGAGGUUGCGAAGGACUUUCCAGAUGUGACGGUGGACCGCAUGCUUGUCGACGCCAUGACUUGCCGGAUGGUGUUGCAACCUCAGAGCAUUGACACGAUCGUUGCCACGAAUUUGCACGCAGACAUCCUCUCCGAUCUUGCAGCCGCACUCGCAGGGUCCAUCGGCAUUGCGCCGACGUCAAACCUCGAUCCGACAAGGAAGAAUCCUAGCAUGUUCGAGCCAAUCCAUGGUUCCGCUUUCGACAUCACGGGGAAGGGUGUUGCGAACCCUGUGGCGACCUUCUGGACGGCUGCUGAAAUGCUGACAUGGUUGGGAGAGAACGCUGCUGCGGAUCGACUUUUGGAGUGUGUGGAGGAGGUUUGCGGACAGGGAAUACUCACGAGAGACCUGGGCGGCAAGGCUGGCACAAAGGAGGUCACGGAUGCGGUGUGCCGAGAGAUCAAGAAGGUCUACACGAAGUGAAAAAAGGCCGCAUCUCGCGAUCUCCAAGCAUUGAUGCAGAGUCCGUACCAGAUUUGGCAUGAAACGGCGAUGUAUACGGAUUCUACGAGGACAUCUUGGUCUCUCGCCAAGGAUAUAUCAAGCUCGUAUAUUUCGUAUCGCAUGGCGGUGAGAAGAAAGCACUUGCAGGAUUGCUAGGAAGAAUGAUGACUGCCGUACACGGCAGUAAAACUG